AUGCAGUUGGCACCAAUAGUGGCCAUUAUUAGGCUCAUAAUAGGCAUAUAUAUCACCACACGGAAAUCAACAUCGUCUUUGCCCCUCCCCCCGGGCCCCAAGCCACUGCCAAUAAUCGGCAAUCUCCAUCAAGCCCCCAAGUCUCACAGCUGGAGAACAUACCACGAAUGGAGCAAACGAUAUGGCCCCAUCAUUCAUGUCAACAUCCUUGGCCAGCCUGUCAUCAUUCUAUCUACAUCAGAAGCAGCCCAUGAUCUCCUCGCGAUUCGUGGAGCCACAUUCUCAGACCGCCCUUAUCUUUUCCUGGCGACGGAUCUGGCCAUGAAGGGACUCAGCAUCCUCUUCAUGAAUUACAACGAUCAGUUCAGACAACAUCAGAGAGUACAGAUCUCAGUGUUCAACGCGACAUCGUCAGCCGCCUAUCUCCCCUUCCAGAUCCUGGAAUCACAGCAACUGAUGCACGAUCUCCUGCGCGCGGUGGCUAGCACCAUCCAUACUUUGCUGUAUGGCUUCCGGGUCAAAGACUCUAACGACCCGAUGCUUCGGGCCCUGGUUGAUCUCAACACGGAAUUUUCCGAGUUUGUCCGGGUCGGUGCACACAUUGUUGAUCUGUUCCCUGUGCUCAAUAACCUGCCCGGUUUCCUCGCUCCAUGGCAAGCAAAGGCCGAGAAUCACUUCACGACCAAGUGUAAACUACGCAACGAGAGCUUCCGGCGAGCGGUAGAGUCCGACGCCUGGAAUAUAUCAAAGCAUCACUUCAAGCAGAAUACCGAAGGGAACAGCCUCGGCAUGCCCUUGGAUGAGCUGGUGUUUGAGAUUGGAACCACGAUCGACGCUGCGCUGGAUGCCACCACCGACAGCUUGAUCUGGUUUGUGGUGGCGUGCAUCACACAAGAUCGAGGAUUCGUCGUCCGGGCACGCAAGGAGCUGGACGCCGUUGUCGGGCGUGAUCGUCUCCCAAGCCCUGACGACAGGCCUAACCUGCCUUACAUCGCCGCUAUUGUCGAAGAGAUCUUCCGUUGGCGGCCUGCUGCCCCCGAGGCUGCCCCCCAUGCGAACCGAGAGGCGACCACCUACAAUGGAUAUAUCAUUCCCAGGGGCUCCAUUGUUGUGCCCAACGUUUGGGCAAUCUCCCGGGAGGAGGCCGUGUUCGGCUCGGACCCUGACGAUUUCAUCCCAGACCGCUGGCUGGAUGAGGAUGGCAAAACGCUGAAACCUUUUCCCCCGGCUGUCUUUGGCUAUGGGAGACGGACAUGCCCUGGGCGGUAUUUUGCACGCAAUACUAUCUGGAUCGUCGUUGCCCGGCUGCUGUGGUCAUUCGAUAUCAAGGCUGGUCUGUCCGAGGAAACGGGAGAGUCUAUCCCCGUUGACCCUGAAGCGUGCACUUACGGCCUGAUUAUGCGGGCGCUGCCUUUCAAGGCUUCAUUUCAGCCUCGUGGGCCGUGGGUGCGUGAUGUGAUCACCAGAGAUGGUGAUACUUAUAGCAAGGAUCAUGCAGCGAUGCUUAAUAAAGUCGGGGGAGAUUUUAUGAAGCUAUAG